AAUUCAAAUUUACUGAUCAAAUGGACUACAUAUUCUUGAUGUGUUAUUCAGAUAUGAUGAACUGAUCAAAAUGUAAUUGUGGGUUGAUGGCUGGGGGAUUCAGUAUUUGUGUGUCAGUUUUAUGGCUUGUUUACGUACUUUCAACCCAUUAUUUCUAUUAUGAGAAGCUCAGAUCGAAAUUUUUUGGACUUGACGGGAUAUUAAGGAAACCAUACGACGGUAGCUUAACCAGUGACAGUACUUAUUUCUCUUACAUUCAGGUAUAUCCCGUUCAUGGUGAAAACCAGACAGACCAUGCACCGUCAUCUCACUCGAAUCAGAAUCGUGGAUUUAAUAUCUCAAGUAACCGCCAGCAAAACAAUGACAGGCAAUCUAGACCAAUAGCACAAUGUACUGAAAUAUGUAGUUUAAACAACCAACACGUUUUACUUUGUAACAGGCAGCAUAUACCACGGCAGUUUCUGAACCUACCACCUGAUGUCCAACCUCUUCCUCAACAAUCAAGACAGGUUGUACCUGUUCAGACAGACCCCACCCUGCAGUCAUCGGAUAUAUCAGUAUAUCCCGUUGAAAACCAGACAGACCAUGCACCGUCAUCUCACUCGAAUCAGAAUCGUGAGUUUAAUACCUCAAGUAACCGCCAGCAAAACAAUGACAGGCCAUCUAGACCAAUAGCACAAUGUACUGAAAUAUGUAGUUUAAACAACCAACACGUUUUAGUUUGUAACAGGCAGCAUAUACCACGGCAGCUUCUGAACCUACCACCUGAUGUCCAACGACCUCGACUAUCAAGACAGGUUGUACCUGUUCAGACAGACCCCACUCUGCAGUCAUCGGAUGUAGCAGGUAGUCAAAUUGGUGAAUUUCUUACAAUAAUGGUAUAUACCAUGACAGAGGACUUUUGUCUCCGUAGCCUGCUUGGAACCUCAACAAGAAUUGUCUAUCGGACAUUGUAUAGGAUUUUUCAACUUUACCAUGAAGGUAAUUAUGAAGCUGCCAUCAGGGAAUGGGUCGGACACUUAGGUGCAUCUUUGGAAAAUGGACAAGAUGAGGGUCACAUGGUGCUCCCAGCAUUUGACUUUUCUAGCGUUGUACAUAGACAUUGUGAUAAUCCAAACUGUUCAUCGUCUAAUGAGAGCUUUAAUCAUGUCAACGUAGUCCUUGGAAGAAUCAGAAAUCUUGGGAAUGGCAGAAUGAACACGCUUCAAUGUUUUAUUGACCAAUGGUUCCACACUACAGAGAGAUGCAAUGUUCCAAUUCUAUCUUAUAAUCCCGAAGAAUCGGACUUUAGAGGAAUGAGGUCAGUUGUAUAUUACACACUAGGGUUGAAAUUUGAAUGAUGGUCUUUAUAAUUGUAUAAGAAUUUUAUAGCGUGGAAACAGAUAGAUGUUUUACAUGUCAACGAUCUCAUUGUUCAAUGUUUUUCAAAAUUGCAUAUUGCAAUUUUGCGUAUUGCACAAUAUUUUCAAUUCCUUUUGCAUAUACAUGUAUGGAAAGUUGGUAAGUACAAUGGUUGU